AUGCGCAAGGUUAGUGCUCGAUGGGUUUCAAAACUUCUCUCUGAUGAAGAACAAGUGAAACGCGUUAAGUGCUCAGAAGAGUUUUUGAGAAGAUAUUGUAAAGAAGAAGAGCGCUUUUUGGACCAUAUCAUCACACUUGAUGAGACGUGGUUAUGGCAUUACAAUCCGGAGACGAAAGCACAAUCCUCAGUGUGGCAAACAGCAGCAAGUCGUCCGCUGAAGAAAGCCUGGGUUAUGAAGUCUGGUGGCAAACAUAUGUUCAUCUUCUUCAUGGAUAGACGGGGAAUGCUGCUCAUCCACAAGGUGCCGGAUGAUUUACUAUCGGACACAGAUUCUGCUUCUGAAACAAAUGAUGAAAAUAAAAAAGAAGCGGGCAAAUAUGAUAUCAAUACCAGGGAGUAUUGCUCUGAGGAAGACAAAGUAAUCGCCGAAAUUAUACAACUUGUACCAGAUGUAAUAACAGAACUAUCCGCCCAUGGUGACUUAGAUCAAUCAUUUCUCACAUUUUUUCGGCAAGUUAAAGAAAAGAAAUUCCCACUGACAAAUAUUUCAUUUUUACUUUGGCUUGAAGUUGUACAUUGGUUUGAACAUAAAACUACAACCAACAUGAGAUACUCGGACCAAUCAAAAUUAUUCUGGAAACUUGGUUGUAGAAUGUUUGGAGGAAGAUUUUUACAUUUUAUGGGUGGUUACAAAAGUCACGGUGAUUUAGUAGAAAAACUAGCAACACCAGGUCUGUAUUCGCCUGACACAUCUGAAGUCAAUUUUGCUGUGCCUGAUCAGAAAAUUUUAAGAGGACACGAUCCAUUCAGUGUACAAGGGGAACGAAAGCCAGGGAUUUAUGAAGAUAUCAUGCACAUCCUUAGUUUAAAUUUAGAACAUCAAUCUGCUUGCUUGACGUUCGACGGUAAAAAAUUGAAAAUGGGACUGAGUGUUGAUUCCGGUGAUAUUGAUCUGCUAGGUCACGAGAUUGGCAAAUCUCUUACAGAAAAAAAAGUGAUUAAAAGUAUUUCUUGUGACAUCAUUGCCAUUCGUGAAAUACGAAGAAAAAAGGAAUAUUGUAAAUCAAAGCUGAUAGAGCGAGGCGGUGAAUCUGAUUGGAGAAAAGGAAAGUUUGUGUAUGCGGUGAGUGCCAUUAUCGCAUUUGUGCACGACAUAGACGAGUAUCUGAAGAGUGCAUGCGAAUUAAGAGAAAACAUUUGCCUUACUGUUGCGUCACUGAACGGAAGGGGCUAUGUCGCUGGAGAAACUAUAAACAUACAUGAAACACCCCUUUUUGUAGACAUUCAACGUCAGAAAGAAAAUCUCACAAAUGCAGAAGAAAGUACGCGGUUAAUGAAACAGCGGUCAAACGAAUGGUUUGAAUACAGAAAGCGUGCAAAAGUUACGGGCAGCAGCUUAUUCACUGCUAUCGGAGGGGAUGGACUGAAACGUCAGAAAGAUCACUUUGAUAAAGUUAUGUGUGGUAUCGCAGAGAAGGACCCGACCCUAGAACAGAAAAAGGCAAUUGAACAUGGUGUAGUGAACGAGAUAAAUGGUGUGGCAACAUUAGUUGGCAAAGUUUUACCUGUAGUUGAACCGGACUUAACAUUUUGUGAAGAAGGUUGUGUUGCAAUACAAACUGCAGAUAACGACUGUUUCAUGAUCGUUUCGCCAGAUGGUAGCCUUCGAGAAGACUCUGAUAUUUCAACCACAAAAGUAGGAGUAGAAAUUAAAUGCCCUUACUAUAGAAUCCAUAAUCAGUUUCCUGUAAGGUACCUUCUGCAAUGCCUUUCACAAAUAGAAGUAUUGAAUGUAAAUUACUUAUUAUUUGUGAGUUGGACAGCAGAAGAAACAGUGGUUUUCAGAGUAAAAAGAGACUGUCAGCUCUUUCAAGAAGCAAUGAAAAUAGCAUUUGCAAUGUACGGACACGAUAAAGUCAAUAAACCAACAAAGCUUAGUGAAGAACAGAAGAAACUAAAAGAAAGAUUAACAGAGAUAAGUAAACAAGUCGAAUUUGUAGGAACAUUUAGUUCGCUGGUGCACUCUUCAAGCACCACGCUUUACUCGCAACCAAUAAUAUCUAUCUGGGACGUGAAAGCAAUUUUACAUAAGGUCAAAGCUGAGGCAGAGGCGUUUUACGAGCUGAACAGAGAGAGAGCAACAGAAGCAGUAGUAUUUCUAGUCAGUGAUCUUGAUAGAAGUUGGGAUAAAGAAAAUGUAAAAUGGUCCCCCGUAGCGUGGUUUCCAAAAGGUUAUAGUUUGACGACGGGAACUAUGCGCUCUAUAGCAGAAGACGUACAUGACCGUUGUUAUGAACAGACAAUUCAUAUACCUUGCUCAUCUUUUGAUGGACAAUGGCAUGGAAUAGUGGUGCGAACAAAAACAGGUCAGCCGUUAACCAAAUUGCAGCUCCAAAAAGAUGUCUGGAAAAAUGUCAUUGACAUGUCCAAAAGCGAAAUUAUAUCGACCAUUAAACAAAUCAACAGACAACCAAUGUGGAGCUUUAAAAUCAAUCCAGUAAGUGCAAUUGCUGAAAACAAUGUGACCAUACAUGUAAUAGAAGCAGAGUACCAGAAAAAGUGUCCAAAAUUUCGUCCACACUCCAAUGAAGUUUCAACCAAUGAAACCGUUGAAGAAAAGUGCAAACCUAAAUUUACACUUGCGGACAGUGUACCUGAUGAAGUUAUGGAAUCAGAGAACGCGAACACACAGGUUUUAAAUAUGACUGUAAUUACAGAACCUGAAGAGGUCGAAGCUUUCCUAGCUAAUAUAAACGCGGAGGAAUGGACCGAGCAACUGCUUGAAGUGCAAAGCGAGGAGCAGAAAGACGAGAUAGACGAGCAGAUUGAAGUCGGUGAACGUCAACAGGAUACAACCAACAACCAAGCUGUGCCUUCAUGUAGUAUUUCGUUGAGUAAUAACAGUGAAUCCAGACAGAGCAUGUUGACUUCACAUGAUUUUUCAUGCAUAUUGGCUUUGUUAAAGACAACACAAUACUGCAAUAAGCGUCAGAAAUGGGACGAUCUGAAGCUGAUUGAAUUUGAAAAGCUUUUUCAAACAUAUGCUGGCCUACAAUCUUUUUUAGAUGUCGAACUUAGAACAAUUGCAAGAUACUUAAAGAAGAGCAAAGGUGUUCAAAUAAAUGAAUCAAAUACAAAGAAGUCAAAGAUAAAAACAAUCUGUAAUUACCUAAAGAUUGAAUGUCCAGCACUGGAAACAAACCGUAAGGUUAUCAGACGAGCUGUGAAAUCUUUGUCUGAAACUGCAUUAGCUGUAAUUGCAAAGAAACUUACCAAACAUGAGCUCAGUGUCUGGUAUGCAUAGUAUAUUUGGCCG